CCUUAGCAUUGCUAAACCACCGCCUCUCUCCCUCUCUUCCCACUCAUCUUGUGCAGUUCCUGCAAAUGUCUAGAGUGCUUAUCAGUUCACCGGAGCACUGUGAAAGGCGAGGAUUCAACACCGACGCACGCUACAAGAAGCUGCUUUUCGCGUUCUUCACUGCCCUGACUUUGUUCCUCGCACUGGUUGUUCUUGUUUGGCUCAUCCUUCACCCGACCAAGCCUCAGUUCACCAUCAAGGAAGCUGAUAUCAACCAGCUUAACCUCUCCAGUCCUCGCCUCAACUACUCUAUCCGGCUCACUUUGCUCACCGAGAAUCCAAAUGGAAAGGUCGGGAUUUACUACGACAACCUACAAGUUUAUGUCGCUUAUAGGGGUCAGCAGAUAACGGAAGAAUCCACUCUGCCUCCUUUCUACCAAGGGCAACAACAUAGCGAUCUCCUGACUGCUUCCUUGGUUGGGAAUGGACUUCCAGUGGCUGCUUCUCUCAGUUACCAAGUGGGACGAGAUCAGACGGCUGGGCAGCUAGUGUUGAGCGUCAAGGUGAACGGACAGCUGCGGUGGAAGGUUGGGACUUGGGUUUCCAGGCAAUACACUCUCAAUGUCAAUUGCACCGUGGUCAUGGCCUUUCAGCCCAGUGCCCUGGUUACCCCCUUAAGUUCGAAGCAGGGAAGUCGGUGUUCGACUUCCAUAUAAAAUUGACAUGUACUGAUAUCUACAUUCACACUUUGUCGAUAUUGUCUUGUAAGCAUUCUGGCGACCGGUAAAUCCGGUCGACGAAUGGUCUGGCGUAAAUAAAAAAAGAAGGAAGUUAGUGAUUGUACGUGAGAAGGAAGAUCUAUGUUCAGCUUUUCAUCGUAGUUCUUUAUCUUGUCUUUGCGUAUCAUCAUUCAUACAGAGCUUUCGAUGAGUGGAAACGUCUGUGGAUACUGCUUUUUCCACUUCCUUUUGCAAGUGGGUAUUGAGCCUUUGGUUCUUCUUUGCUUGGGUUGCAGAAGGAAGAAG